AGCCGGAAGUGCCAACAACCGGAAGUUUAACAACCGGAAGUGCCAACAACCGGAAGUGCCAAUGGAGCGGCCGGAGGCCCCAGCUCUGUGUCGCUGUUUUUGGGGCUCCCUCGAGGCCGCUCCCGCUGGGAAGGAAAGCGUCCGAGAAAAACUGAGGAGAGCGGCGGCGCGGAUUCUGCUCCCUCAGGGCUACCCCGAGAGCGUCAGCCCCGACUACGCCCGGUACCAGUGCUGGGAUGGGCUGCAGGCUCUCUGCUCCACCAUGGCCGCCUCUCUCUCCACCCGCUCCGUGCUCGAGGCCGUCGGGGUCGGCGACGGCGCCGCCACCGUCACCGGGGCCACGCUGACCUGGCUGCUGCGGGACGGGGUCGGGAUCAUCACCAGGAUCCUCUUUGUGUGGCUGCAGGGGAGCCACCUGGACUGCGAGGCCAAGCAAUGGCGGUUCGUGGCGGAUUUGCUCAAUGACGUCGCCCUGGUGCUGGAAAUCCUCGCUCCCUAUUGGCUGAGCCUGAGCCCCGCCCUCCUGGUGAUGGCGGCCGUGGCCAGGUGCGUGGUGGGCGUGGCCGGUGGCGCCACCCGAGCGGCCCUGGCCGUGCACCAGGCCCGGAGGGACAACGUGGCCGACGUGGCCGCCAAGGACGGCAGCCAGGAGACGCUGGUGAACGGUGCUGGGCUGUUGCUGUCGCUGCUGCUCCUCCCCCUGCUGGACGGGCGGCCAUGGCUCACCUGGGCCGUGCUGUUGCUGCUCCUGGCCGCUCACCUGGGCUCCAACCUGGCGGCCCUGGGCUCGCUGACGCUGCCGGGGCUGAACCGGCCCCGCCUCCGCCUCGCCAUUGGCUGGGCCCUCCGAGGGGGCGGGGCUAACGGGGAGAGGGGCGUGGCCUGGAGCGGAAAGGGCGGGGUCAGGCUGGAGCUGCCCCGCCCCCAGCAGGUGAAUCCCAGGGAGCCGCUGCUGCCAGGUUUCGGUUCCCGGCUCCGGCUCCACCUGGGGGCGCCCCUGGAGCACCUGGUGAGCAGCGAGGCUGAGCUGCAGAAAGCUCUGGAAUGUGGAAACCCCGAUUUCCUCGUCGUGCUCCGCCCCUCCCGAGGCUGGGUGGGGGUGGGGCUGCGCCGCGGGGCCCCCCCUGAGGCGCCGAUUUUGGGCUGUGCCCAGGCCCUGCUGCUGGAGGAGCUGCUGGGGGAGGAUUUGGGGACAGGGACCCCCCUGGGGCGGCUCCUGGGACCCCUCCAGAGACGCCUCAAGAGCUGCCCGCCGGGCGCGGUUCCCUGGGGGGUCCUGGCCGAGACCUCGCGGCUCUUCCGGGACCUUGGCCCCGCCCUCCUGCAAGGGCUGGAGGCCGCCGGUUGGGACACGCAGCGCCCCCUGCUGGCCGUGGACGAGUGGAGACUGGAGUGGGCGGAGCCGGGGAAAAAAAUCGAAAAUUGUUCCAAAAAAUAAAAAUAAAAAAAAUUUAUGGA